AUGGAGCACAGCCUCGACAAAUGGGCAAGGACUGUGUUCCGACUGCGCGGAUUGCCCGACGCAGUCACCGCUUUGGAGAGCGCAACAAGCCUGAUCCAAGAGCGUUUGGGCGGUGUCGCGUUUGCCAGUAUUCGCGUCCUCUCGCUCGCCACUUCUCUUAAUUUCUGGGAGAGCCCACCAUCCAAGGUCGCGACUGUCAUGUUCUCAGCGACGCCCCAUUUUGUACUGAACGACCCCGACGCGAAGGAAUGGCCAGUUGCCUCCAAGGAUGGCCUGGCAGAUCAAGAUCUCAUUCUUGACGUUCAUUUUAUGGGCAUGACGCCGCUGAGUGAUGCGAAAGAAUCAAGCUAUCUGGCCGAUUGCAUCGCUGUCUCUGGCCUUGCCAGCCACCCUUUCGGCUCGUGGCAACCAAAGGGGGGAGACAAAAGUUUCAUGUGGAUUCGAGAUAGCCUGCCCAAACACCUCCCCGGAACACGGGCAAUUCUAUACGGCUACGAUACCAAACUCCUCAAUAGCGACUCCUUUCAAAGCAUUCCCGAUCUCGCCCGCGAGCUCAUCAACCAACUUCAAGCAUAUGGUUGGGGCACACAGAUAAGGCGGCCCCUCGUCUUUCUCGCCCACAGCCUGGGAGGGCUUGUUCUCAAAGAAGCCUUGGUUCAGCUUGACAGAAGCCAAGAUGAGGCGUACAAGUCUCUCCUCUCUGUGGUGCGCGGAAGUGUUUGUUUUGGGGUCCCUAACCUGGGCAUGGAACAAGCCCAUUUUCGCACCGUUGUUCAGAACAACCCCAACGAGGCACUUGUAGAUGACAUCGCUCGAAACUCAAACUACCUUCGGCGACUUAAUGAAGAGUUCUCUGGGAGUUCAUUCAAUCACCACUUGAGAUGCUUCUGGGCGUUCGAGACCUCGGAAUCUCCAACUCGAACAGCGGAUGGCCGAGUCGGCCGCAAUGGCCCCCCCGCCAUCUUGGUGAGUCGGGAGUCCGCGACUUGUAGACUGAUCGAGAAGGAUCCCUCAGCCACAUUCCCAAUCAAUGCUACUCACUCGGAUAUGGUGAAGUUCACAAAAGACUCGCAUUACUAUCAUGUUGUUGUUUCAAAAUUGCGGAGAAUCCUUACCUCCACCCCUCAGGUCGACCAAAGCACAACUGAGUCGUGUACAGCAGAUCCUCAGCCCUCGGAAGCCUCCAAGCCCAACCAUCCUUUUCAACGUCUCGCGGGCCUCACCGAAGCUACACUGAGGGACAUUACCACUACGACGUUCACCCAAGUGCAAAGUAUUGUGCGACAAAUCCAAACGGAACAAGAGAGACAAGGGAGCCUAAUGUAUAUGAAAAGGCUUCAGCCUUUUUUGGUAUCGAUGCAGCAGUUUAGCAAGGCCGUCAAGGAUACCAACGCGUUUCUGGACCUGCCGCUCGCGAUGGCGUAUGUCUGGUUGGUAUCCGCGACCCCAGAGGCAUUACAUGCCCUUCUCGACGCCUACCAGAUCAUUGGCGAACACAUUCCUUUGGUCCAAUAUUCUCAAGCAUUGAAGUCGCUCCCUCACUUGCAGGACGUCCUAGCCAUGAUAUACAAAGAUGUGAUCUGGUUCAACCGAGAGACAAUUCGGCAGUGGCGGGAACUUUUUGGGGCCUCGUGGAGAGACUUCAUGCCCGUUAUUGACCAUAUCAGGCAUAACCUUGAGCAGUGUAAACGGUUAAUUGAGAGCCGAAUCCCGCCGCCGCAGUUUGAAGAGAUCCAAAAUCAUCGACUUCGAGAGAUACGGAACCUUGAGGUCGAAAGAUCGGCUCGAGAGGCCAAGGACCGGAUCAUGGUUGCGCAAUGGCUCUCAGGAUUCAACGGUGAAGCCAUACAAGAUCAGUAUCGGGGCCGACGGUCAAUCUGCGAAGACCCAGGCAGAUGGCUUGUCGAUGACCAGCGAUUUCAGAAAUGGUACAGCUCUGAAUGCUGUCCGAACCCACUGCUUUGGCUCAGCGGCAUUCCGGGUGCUGCGUCCAUCGUCAUCGACGAACUCCGGCGCUUACCAGAUGCAGUUGUCGUUUUCUUCUACUGCAAACAUGAUGAAGAAACACGCAACACAUUUCUCAGCGUCGCAAGAUCCAUCUUAUCACAGCUUUUGUCGCAAAACCCUCGUCUACUCUCCUACCUACAUCAACAUGCUUCGUUAAGCAGCGAUCUGUCGCUAACUUCGAUGUCGCUUGCUAAGGAUAUGAUGCGGACGGCCUUGCUAAGCUGCGAAAGGACGUACAUAGUCAUUGAUGGACUCGAUGAGUGUCCUGGAGGGGACAGGGUGGAGAUCAGCAGCUUCUUCCGCAAUCUCGUGGAGUCCAUCCCUCAGGCUGAUAUGGACCCGAUCAGGUGUCUUUUCGUCAGCCAACAUGACGGAGUAUCUUCAGAGAGCUUCCGGGACAUUCCCACGAUCAAGAUCGAUGAUCAAAAUCGAGACGACCUGAGAAACUUUUCCCAAGUUUGGCACCGGAAACUCGAGACAAAAUUCGGUGAUUUGCGGGAUAGAAACUGCCACAUCUCCAAUAUCCUUACUGCGAGAGCUAAUGGCAUGUUCAUAUUUGCCGAACUGUUUGCCAAAUACCUCGAGGAUCAAUUCUCUCGCGACCAUCUCCUCAAUGAGUUGAACCCGGAUAGGUUUCCCGUCAAGUUAGAUCAUGUCUAUGAGCGCAUCCUGCGCCGCGUGCUUGACUCCCGGGGGGAACACAUUAUUAGCCCCCUGAAACAGAUCCUUGGAUGGAUUGUCUGUGCUCGUCGCUCGCUACGAUGGGCCGAAAUACAAGCGGCUGUCUCCAUUGACUUGGAGAGCGAGGGCAUUAAUCACGACAGGCAAAUAUCGGAAUCGCCAAAAGGGCUUUUCGCUUCCCUCGUAGAGAUACAUGCCGAUGGCACAGUGGAUCUGGUACAUGGGACUGCACGCGAAUACCUUGUGCGGACGAAAUUCAUCGACCCUCGUGAGGUCGACUACUCCCUUGCCAUGCUCAGCAUGUCAUAUCUCUCUCUUCCUCAAGUCGAUAAGGAGAGGAACAAGGAUGACAUUGAAGUAGACCUCAUCAAUGGUCUUCAUCCUUUCUAUGACUACGCUUCGACAUGCUGGGCCAUGCACCUCCAGAGCGGAAUAUCGGAUUUAGAACCAGGAGACAAGCUUGCGCAAUUGCAGGAAACCCUCGAGACCUUCAUUGAAGCACACUGGUCGUUGACCCACAAGCAACUAUCGGACUUGAAACGGAUCCAGAAAGCCCUCGCGCCCAUCCAAAGGUCGGAGCUAUUCGACAAGAUCACGGAGGCAGUCGGCUGGGCUAGAAAACAGACAGGCAAACACGGUCAAGGCCCGACCCAAGACGAAGCCCUCGACCUCUGGCAAAUUACCUCCAAGAUCCGAUCCGUGCUGGAGAACAUGCACGCGCAAGGCCACAACACGCCCGUCAUGCAGAAGUUCUACGGCAAGCACUGGUUUAAAUGUCCGCGCGUGAACUGCUACUCGUACCAUCACGGCUUCGCCACCCUCGCCGAACGGGAAGCUCAUGUCAACAGACACGACCGACCCUUUCUCUGCUUUGUCUCAAACUGCACCAUGCAGUUCUUCGGCUUCGUGGCCAAGGGCGACCUGAACAAACAUCUCUUCGAGUACCACGGAAUCGACAUGUUGGACGGGGACGACGAUGACGACGCCCAGUUCCCAGACCCUCCAAAACAUAAACCACCCAGUACCGCGAAAACCCCCGCCACCUUCGAGUGUUCCGAAUGCGGCAAGAAGUUCACUCGCAACCACAACCUCAAGUCACACCUGCGGGCGCACACAGGGCUAAAGCCCUUCAAAUGCAGCAUGUGUCCUGAGAGUUUCACCCGCAAGGAUCUCCGUGACCGGCACGAGCGCGGACAUGGCGACCGGAAAUUCACCUGCGUCGGCCUACUCCAGUACGGAGGCACCUGGGGAUGCCGGGCGACGUUUGCUCGGGCCGACAAGCUAGCUGACCAUCUGCGGAGCAGGAUGGGACAAAAGUGCCUAAAGCCGCUGGUGCUGGAGAAGCUCAAGGCGGGUGUGGACGAUUUGAGCAAUAUCUUUGGUGACCAAGUGGGCGAGAAUGCCGAUGACUUGCUGGCUGCUGGCAAGACUUUGCCGUCAUUCAAGGAGUUUCUGGAGCUCUGUAGGAUUGAUGAGUCAGAUAUUGGCUUGGAUAGCAGUCGCAGCUCGCCUGGAGGACCGACGGGGCAGUCAUGA